AUGUUUUCCAUUGACUGGAUAUACACUACUGCUCGCCUGGAACCAAUAAAUUACGUUCGAAAGCCACAGGUUCUGCUGCGCUUGAUUACUGUGAUAUUAGCGAUUGUCAACAUCGCAGUUGUGCAUAAUGACUGUUACAUUUAUGGAAAAUGCUUGUUUAAUGAAGACCAGGCAUCUUGUGGUUAUAGCUUGUUCCUUUCCUCGUUAACGUUCAUUGCCUGCUCUGCCUAUCUCUGGUUGGAUUUGAUAGUGGACAAUGUAUCGAACAUUGAUAUACGUUUGCGAGUCGCUAAAUUUGACAUGUUGUUGUCAGGUAUUUGGUUCUUCCUAUGGCUGAUUGCAUUCUGCUUACUCUGCAACCGCUGGCAAAAUACAGAACAAGAUUUUCUCACCCACAAUGAUGCUUCACCCGUUGGACCGCGGACUGUUAUUGCAUUCACUUUUUUCAGUAUGGUUGUAUUAGUAAUUCUGGGAUUUUUCACAUACAAAUCUUAUAAAUCAACUGAAAUCCAGUGUUCUAAUCUUGCCUACGGAGAGCCAGACAAUUCGGGUAGUUAUCGCGGUUUUGCCAAUGAUGCAGAUAUGCUCAACCCAUCAGGACCAGGACUUGCAGACCCGGAUACUCCUGUCAGUCAUUCAAAUUUUAAUUACCGAGCAGGACUAACUGAUGUUUAUCCUGGGCACUCAUUGGGUGGUUAUCAACCUUAA